CAGUCAUAUCCGGGACAUCUCCCUUAGAGCAGUCACGUAUAUUUCCUUAGCAACUCUAAUCAAUUUUUACGUCCCAGUAUUUUCUCGACAAGAUGUCAGCCGAAAUUGAGGAACUGUUGAAACGCUAUCAAUCCUAUCCAAAUGUUGUGGGCACUAUAAUUUUGGACCCGUUCGCCAUUCCCAUCAAGACGACAAUGGAUUACACUUUGACCGUCCACUAUGCAGCCCUGGUCAGCACCCUGACCUUCAAGGCGGCCAAGAUGGUCUCUAGUUUGGAUUCGAGCAAUGAACUGUUGAACCUGCGCCUGCGCACCUUGAACCAUGAGGUGAUCAUAGUGCCCUCCGAGAGUUACAUUAUCAUAGUGAUUCAGAAGCCCGGAACCUAGUUUUUGUGAAUGGCCCAAUGCAAGUACGGCUCCGUCUUAUUCUGUGCUACUGGUAAUAGUUCAUCCACCUCAAAAAAAAAGGUUUUAAAUUAUGGAAUUAAGUUGUUUUACGAUUAAAUACAAGAAUAAAUCGCAAGUUAGCUACAUAUAUGAUGA